AUGCAUCCUGAAUGCCCACAGAGGGUGGAUCGCAUGUGGGAGGAGAUGCGCAAACAGGGGAUCGCUGACUCGUGCACGGUCCUCGAGAAUCGUCUUGCUGAGGACAAGGAGAUCGAGCUGGUGCACGAUAAGAAUUAUGUGGAAUCCAUCCUGUCAGGGAGCCCAGAGAUCGAUGGUAGCACUUACUUCCAUAAGAAGGACUCGGCCUCUGCGAAUGCGGCCAGGUCGGCUGCUGGCGCCGUGAUCGAUGCGGUGGAGGCUGUGUGCAAAGGAGAGGCGAGGAACAGCUUCUGUGCUGUCAGGCCACCGGGACAUCAUGCUGAGAGGGAUCGCAUGAUGGGAUUCUGCAUAUUCAACAGCGUCGCCAUCGCUGCGGAGAAGGCGAAGAAAGAUUGGGGCUGCAACAAGGUGUUGAUCUUCGACUGGGACGUGCACCAUGGUAAUGGAAUCCAACACAUCUUCUACGAGGACCCCAGCGUCCUUUAUAUCUCCAUCCACCGAGGAGGUAUGGAUAAGUCUUUCUUCUACCCCACCACGGGCACAGCAGGGGAGGUUGGCAGGGGAGAAGGGAGAGGGUUCAACGUUAACAUUCCGGUGGAGUUUCCUGGGGUCGGAGAUCCCGUCUACUCCGUCGCCAUGGAGCGGAUCGUUCUACCCAUCGCUCAUGCCUUCAAGCCGGACAUCGUCAUCGUCAGCGCCGGGUAUGACGCUGCCGGUGGCGACCCCCUCGGCGGGAUGAACGUCAGCCCGGCCAUGUUCCGGAAGAUGACGAAGCAGAUGAUGGAAGUGGCCAACCAGCAUUGCGAUGGCAAGAUCGUGUUGGCGCUGGAGGUGCCCUCCUGCUGCAACCCCCCUCCCCCUCGCCAUUGUGGCCACUCACACCGUGCGCGCAGGGAGGCUACGAUGUCGAUGUCACUGCGGACUGUGCGGUUGAAUGCCUCAAGGUGA